AUGACGUUAUCAUCUCCCGGCUCUGAGACCUCGGAAAGCAUUGAUCUCGCCGUCAAAGGAUCUCUCCCAACACGCUCCUCUCUCUCGCCCCCAUCCGUGGUUCCUAAACCCCCCCCAGCACCUCCCGGGAACCCCCUCGACUACGCCCCCAACUCACCCAACCAGGUAUAUCUCAACCUCCUCAUCCUCGAGGCCUCCCUGCGCAGCCAAUACCUCCACCACCUCGCUCGUCGCCGCAAGUUCACCUUCUUCGUCGUCCUCCUCCUGGCCUGGAACGCGUACUUCCUCCACCGCAUCUUCGACCUCGGCGGCUCGCCCUACUACUACAUCUACCACCUCGAAUGGCUCGGUCUUCUCGGCGGCUGCGUCACCGCCGCCCUCUACUAUGCCACAGGCCUCUACGAAAAGACGAUUGUUGAGCCGCGCCGCUUCGUCUCCACCGCAAACCGCGGCCUCCGUGGCUUCAACGUCAAGCUCGUCAAGGUGCCCUUCUCCACAACCCAAUGGAUCGUCUGGUGGUGGAAUUGGUACACCUUCCCCACGCCGCCCCCUCCGCGGCGCCCCCCCUCCUCCACCGCCUCCCGACGCCUCUCUGCAAACACCGCAAAGCCCCGCCGGCUAAGCUCAAAUACCCCGCGAAAGGCCGCUGCCGCCAUGCAGGCCACCGAGCACGCACACCGCCACGCCCCGUCCAUUGCAUCCAGCGCGAUGGGCCGCACGUCGUCACAGCUCUCCCCGCACCCCGAGGAGGCAAUGGAGGACGACCCCGCCGACGAGAUCGAAGAGUACCUCACGGGCGGGCUCCACAUCAAGCUCGUCAUCCUGCCAAAGCGCUUCAGCGCGACGUUCCGCGAGGAGUGGGAGAACUACCGCACCGAGUUCUGGGACAAGGAGAACAAAUCGCGCUACAAGCGGCGCAAGGCCGUCAAGCGGUGGUGGCACUGGCCCCCGCUGGGUCUACGCCUAGGAGCAGCCAAAAAGGAGGAUACACCGGCCACUACAAGCUCUCCGGCUGUGCGGGUGCGACGCGCAUCUGUGGCAUCGGAGAGAAGAUCCCCGAGUGUGUCUUCGCGCGCCGGAACACCGGAGCCGGAGGGGACGCCGACGAAGCGACGGGGAGGCAGCUUUGUGGCGAAGAGGAGGCCAAAUAUGGCGCCGGGGUUGGUGCCCGGUGGGAAGAGCGGGGAUGUGUCGGAUUCGGGAUCGACGACCACUGUGGGGACGGAGGGGCGGAGCGAUAGCUCGACGGUUGUAGAUAGGAGCUCGUCCAGCGCUGGGACCGGGAAGCGGAAGACUGGCAGCAAGGGGAAAGGGCGGGGGCGAAAGACGGCAAUUGCUGGGAGGAGCGCUGAUGGAUGA